AAUAAAAGCUUGAAAAACAAGCUCUUGUCAGGAAACAAACUGUGUGGCAUUCAUGCAGAAGAGUCCAAAAAAAUCCAAGCCCAGCUAAAGGAGCUUCGUUAUGGGAAGAAGGAUUUAUUAUUUAAGGCCCAGCAACUUACUGAUCUGGAACAAAAAUUAGCUGUAGCCAAAAAUGAACUGGAGAAAGCAGCUCUUGACAGGGAGUCACAGAUGAAAGCAAUGAAAGAGACCGUACAACUCUGCCUCUCCUCUGUUUUCCGUGAUCAGCCACCCCCUUUGAGUCUAAUGACGACAAAUCCAACUCAGAUGCUACUUCCACCCAGGACGAUCACCGCUAAGGUUCCAGACACAAGGGCAAAAAGCAAGUCUCAACAAAGUGCUCCUGAAAACAGUGAGAACUCUCAAGUUGAGUCAACAAAGGAAGAAAAUCCGGGUACCAGUGGGUGUGAUUCUCCAGAUGAAGGCAGAACCUGUUCAAUGACACGCAAAGAGGGUCCCCCAAGUAAUGCCAGUGCACAACCAGAGCCUGUCCUACAGAAAUUACAGAUGUCUCCUUGUUCUGAAUGUGAGACAAAAAAAGCCCCAGAGAAACAGUUGGCCAGCUUUGAAGGGACAGCAGCUAGAGAAGAAAAAAUUCUGUAACUACCAAGAAACUGUUGAAAUCAUCCAUUUGCUAUUGUCUUCAUACUCUUUUUAGACCACAGGCUUGAUGGAAAUACUAAGUUUCUAAAGCAUGCAACUUUUUUCACUUUUUAUGUACCUUUAUAAAAUAGUCUAUAAAUUUUCCAAAAGAUUCCGGGCCAAUUAUGACCUUUAAGCAAUAACCUAAUUGAAAUGGAUAUCUUCAGUCAUACAUAUUUCAUUAUCAGCAGUAAACUUGCCCAGUAAAAAAAUUCAUCUGUUUUUGAA